AAUUCUAUAUUUUCAAAUAAAAAAUUACAAGGAGUGUCCAGAAUUUUUGAGAUUAUGGGACAAAAUCUUUCCAAAGUUUUACCGUGAGAAAUAGCAUAGUUACUUCGAGUAAAAAAUUUAUCCUCAUUUGCUUUAACAUUUACUGACGUUGAAGAACGGAAAUGGAAUUAGACGAGUCGACGAAGAAAGUUUUGAAAGCUAUUCCACUGAUGAAGACGAAAGCUGGACCGCGGGAUGGUGACUCUUGGAUUCAGAGGUUAAAGGAAGAAUAUGAAGCUCUGAUAGCUUUUAUUAACAGCAACAAGGCUGCAGAUUUGGAUUGGUUUCGUCUGGAAAGUAACAGCGAUGGGACAAGAUGGUUUGGUAAAUGCUGGCAUUAUCAUAACAUGCUCAGAUAUGAAUUCGAUGUAGAAUUUGAUAUUCCAGUAACAUAUCCUACUACUGCGCCAGAAAUUGCAUUACCCGAACUGGAUGGCAAAACUGCGAAAAUGUAUAGAGGAGGACGGAUUUGCCUAUCAGAUCACUUCAAACCAUUGUGGGCUCGAAAUGUACCGAAAUUUGGAAUUGCACAAGCGUUUUCGUUAGGACUAGGACCUUGGUUAGCAGUGGAAGUUCCAGAUUUAGUUGAUCGUGGUAUGAUACAACCAAAAACUGCAUGAUGUUUCAUUGUCAGAACGCGAUAUUUGAGAUCAGAUGUUUGGAAAUAUAUUCGAAUUUGUUCUUCAGUUUUAAGACUGAAUCAAAAUAUAUCAAAUGGAAAGUUAGGGCGUGCUUUCAGUAUGGAUUCUUGUUAUUAGCUGAUGCUCGAUCUUUCUUUCUUUAUUUAUUUGUAUUUUCCUUUCUUUUUUGGGAAAAAAAGGAACCCUUAUCUAUUGAUCUUUCUUUUGAAGAGGAAGUUUUACUUUGAAUAGUUUUUGUUUUUUCAUCGUUCUACUGUUCCUAUUCUCGCAGAUAAUUAUUCACUGAGCAGUAAUUUCAGUUAUUUGAAGAAAUUUGUAGUUUUUGGUUUUGAAGGC